UUCCGGUUAAAACUCUGUGCACGUGUAGUGCUGAAACCGGCCUGAAAAUAAUGCAAAAAUGUUGACUUCAAAGACAUUUGUGAAGAAAACAAAGAGAGGAAGGAUAAUCAAGAUUGUAAGGGAACACUAUCUUCGUGAUGACAUAACUUGUGGGUCGGAAUCUUGUCAGAUAUGCGAUCCUUUUGACUUUGGUCAGCCCCUCGUCGCUGAACCCGAAAAUAAAAGUCGCCUGUGUUUGACUCCUCACUACAUCAUACCGGAUACAAAUGUUGUUCUUCACCAGAUGGACGUUAUGGAAGACAGUUCGGUGCAGAAUGUCGUGAUAUUACAAACAGUCUUGGACGAGGUGAGACACAGAAGUUCCCCAGGUUACAAAAGACUAAAGAGCAUGUUGGCGAACCCAAGCAAACAUUUCUUCACAUUUUGUAAUGAAUUCAACAAAAAUACAUAUGUGGAGCGACAGAAGGGAGAAUCUUCCAACGACAGAAAUGACAGGGCUAUCAGAGAGGCUACGAGUUGGUACCAGGACCACCUGCGUUCAGAGGGCCAGUCAGAUCUGAUAAUUGACGUCGUCCUUCUGACAAACGAUGCUGACAACAGGAGGAAGGCCAUACAACAAGGCCUUAAAGCAUUCACAGUCCACGAAUAUGUGAAGAGUUUGGAAAACUGUGGACACCUUGUAGAUCUUUUGUCUCAGUCACAGAUGAGUGUGCAUUCUCAGGACCGCCUCAUGUUUCCAGAACACCUACCACUGUCAGAGAUACAGCGUGGGAUCAAAGCAGGGCGGUACUUCCAGGGCAGCUUCAUGGCAAGCCGGGAAAACUACUUAGAGGCCAAUGUCAGCGUCCACAAUAAGGACGAAAUGGUGUUCAUACAAGGCCACAUGAACCAGAACCGAGCGGUGCACAGUGACGUGGUUGCCAUAGAGAUGUUGCCAGAGGAGGAAUGGAGCUGUCCAUCCUCAAUGGUACUUGAGGAGUCCUCGGAAAAAAUUGUUGAGGACAGCAUGGAAACAGAGGACGAAGCUAUAAAAAGAAAAAAAAUUCCCAAAGAAUUACGACAGCCGACAGGCAGAAUUGUUGGCAUCAUCAAGAGAAAUUGGCGACAGUACUGUGGAAUUCUGCGUCCCUCAGCAGUGAAGGAGGGUACCCGUCAUAUUGUUGUGCCAGCAGAGAAGAAGAUUCCUAAAAUACGCAUCGAGACAAGACAGGCAGCUGACCUCAUAACACAGAGGAUUGUAGUUGCUAUUGACAACUGGCCCCGCAACUCCCGUUACCCACAGGGUCAUUUUGUGAGGAAGCUUGGUAACAUCGGGGACAAAGACACAGAGAAUGAAGUUUUGUUAUUGGAACAUGACGUUCCCCACUCCAACUUCUCUGAAGCUGUGCUUGCCUGUCUCCCAAAACUACCCUGGAUCAUCACAGACGAGGACUACAAGCGGCGACGAGACUUGCGUCACAUCGAUAUCUGUAGUGUUGAUCCACCAGGAUGUACAGACAUAGACGAUGCUCUUCACUGUCGUGAGCUAGAAAACGGAAACCUUGAGAUUGGUGUUCACAUAGCAGAUGUGUCUCACUUCAUCAGACCAGGGACGGCCAUCGACAAGGAAGCCGCUGAGCGUGGCACCACUGUCUACCUCACAGACAGGCGGAUUGACAUGGUACCCGAACUCCUCAGUUCCAAUUUGUGUUCCCUCAGGUCCAACGUGGAAAGAUUUGCAUUUUCAAUUUUGUGGGAAAUGACACAUGACGCUGAUGUUGUAGGGACGAGUUUCACGAAGAGUGUAAUUAAAUCGAAGGCAGCCUUUACUUACGCAGAGGCACAGAUGAAAAUUGACGAUACUGCACAGAAUGACUCGCUCACUAGAAGUCUACGCCACCUUAACAGACUAGCCAAGAUCUUAAAACAGAGGAGGGUUGAUGCUGGAGCACUGACCCUGGCUUCUCCUGAAAUCCGUUUCCACAUUGACAGUGAGACACAUGAACCUAUUGAUGUCCAGGCCAAGCAGAUCAUGGAAACCAACUCCAUGGUAGAGGAGUUCAUGUUACUAGCGAAUGUGGCUUCCGCCAAGAAGACAUUGGAGGAGUUCCCGGACUGUGCGUGUCUGAGGCGACAUCCUGCUCCGCCUCCUUCCAACUUUGAGCCUGUCAUCAAAGCUGCAUUGUCAAAGGGAUUUAAUAUAGAUGUAUCUAAAGGGAAGGCGCUGGCUGACAGUUUGCAGAGUGCCGUUGUUCCAUCAGACCCGUAUUUCAACACAAUGCUGCGGAUCAUGACCACACGUUGUAUGAUGCAGGCUGUCUACUUCUGCAGUGGAAUGAUACCAGAAACGGAGUAUUUUCACUAUGGUCUUGCAGCCGGUAUCUACACCCAUUUCACAUCUCCUAUUAGGAGAUUCUCAGACAUCAUUGUACACAGACUGCUGGCCGUGUGUAUUGGAGCCGACGCAUCCUAUCCUAGUCUAACGGAAAAACACAAAACACAGGUGGUGUGCAAUAAUUUAAAUUACCGACACAAGAUGGCGCAGUAUGCUGGCCGAGCCUCCGUCAAUCUCCAUACACACAUUUUUUUCAAAAACCGCACCACAAAUGAAGAGGGUUAUGUACUGUUUGUGAGACAGAAUGCCUUACAGGUGCUCAUACCAAAGUACGGCUUGGAGGGCACCUUAUAUCUGAGCGACGGCAAAACCAAAUCCAAACCUCGCUUUACAUACAACGAAGAGGCCAACACACAGACCUGUGGGAGUGUGACGUUCCAUGUAUUUGACCAGGUCAUCAUCGAACUCAGUAUCGACCAGUCCAAUGUCCAACACCUAAAGCUCUGUCUGAAGCUGGUCAAGCCAGAGAUACCAGGAUUCAGUGUACCAGCGCACAGCAGCGAGGACAGUGAACCUCCGAAGAAAAAACAAAAAAAAGGCCAGACCAAGAAAUGAACCCUGAGCAACUCUUGUGAACAGUUAACUAACACAGAAAAAAAGGACAGACCAAAAAUGAAUCCUGGGCAACUCUUGUGAGCAACAAACUAACACAGAAAUAAUAAUGAAUCUGUCAAAUUAAAACCUGAACUGAUAAAAAGGACUUGAUCAGAAAUAUUUUCUCCACGCUAAACAAUCAACCAGGAAAAGAAAAAUUGCAAGGGAAAAAUAUCCAACUGAAGGAAAUCGUUCUUGAAGAAAAUGACAUUUUUUUGUCAGAGCCAAAAAUAAUGUUCACAUGGAUUUAACUUUCAAGUACAAUAUGAUUUAUUCAAGAAGGACAUGGAUAUACAUGUAUUUUGUUGAUGAAGAUUGAACAAUCUUUGAAUGCAAGGUCUACAUUUAAUGUUAUAUAUAUAUUGUUAAUAGUAACAAAAAGUAUUAAAUUGGAAAAUCAGA